AUCGUGAUAGGUAAACAAAACACGUCGCGAUUCAUUCAUAUCAUUUGUGUAUCGUUGAAUGAGCGCCGCAAGUUAGCGCACCGCGACGCUAUGUGACGGGUGCGCUUUGUUCCCGGCAGCUGCGCUCCAACGAGACUUGUACCUGGGCAGGUAACAGAAGCAACAGGUCAUUUCUAUAUGCGAGGGGAGCAGCCGGCACGAACCCGAUUUCAAUGCGACUCUAUUCUAGCGAGCUCGAUUACUCGACCGCGCAGCGCUCGCUCGUCGUCGUCCGUCAGUUGCGUGCCGAACUCCGGUGUGAGUGUACGUUGUGCGACGUUGUGUCGCGUUAUCGUUCCUCGGAGACUUUCACGCGCUUGAUUGUAUUCCGACGACGAGUGAUGUGCGCGAACGCAACACUGGAAGACUCUAUUCAAGAUCAAAGUUUGUGACGGUGCAAAUGUCUCCUAGUUUAGAAGGUAUCAUGUUUAACAGGAACGCGAGCGCGAACCUGUCGGCGCGACGGCCGUUGCUUGCCGAACCGCAAAAGCCAGUAGUGGUGCCUCCGCGCGCACCACCCCGAGACUUCGGCACGCACCGACCUCUGCCUGCGCCCCGGAAUCUGCCGACGGACUACUACGAAUACCGUCCAGAUUACUGGAAGCCUUCGAACGUAGAACUCGAAAAACGAUUGCAAGAGGCAAGAGCGCGGGAGAAGGUUGGCUACUUUCAAGACAAAGUGACGACUCCCGAUCUGAGCUUGGACCGCAGAGAAGCGGAACUCGUCUUCAGAUUUGACCCUCACGCGUCAGCCGAAUACCUAUCGAGCCAGUACCGUGCCCCGACUGUGCAUUAUGCUAAGCCGCCGACCCCGGUGAACGGGUUCGCUAACCGUUUGCCGGAGAGAGACGGCCCUUUUGUGUUCGGCAUACACAGCCCUAGCCAAUUUCCGAUUCCGCGAAGAGACGAGGACGAUGACUACGAUUAUUCGGAGGUGGCAGAGGAAAACGGUCACACUGUGAUACAGGAUGAUGUGUCCGAAGACAUGAACUGCUGUGAUAAAGUAAACGAUUGGGCAGUGCGCGACAAAAAGAGCAGGAGGACUUUGAAUCGAAUGUUUCAGAUAAAAGACAGACGUAAAGUGAAAUGUGGAAAGAAAGAGAAGAUAAAGUGUGUGUUGGUCGGUGACGGAGCGGUGGGAAAGAGUUCAUUAAUUGCAGCCUAUGCGCAGGACACGUUUCGGGAGGAUUACCAGCCCACUGCCUACGACACAUUUAACGUUGUGGUAGACGUGGACGAUCGGCCUGUCUGUGUGGAAAUCUGUGAUACUGCUGGACAAGACUCGAUGUCAGAGUUACGAGCGCUCUGCUACCCGGGCACGGAUGUGCUGAUGCUCUGCUUCUCUGUGGUGCGGCCAGAGACAUUCCGCUCUGUGGCGGAGCGGUGGACGCGAGCGGUAGCCAGUGUGAACGCACCCUUAGUGCUCGUCGGAACGCAGAGUGAUCUCGCGACAGACGAUAAAGUCUUACAAGGACUUAAGGCGAUUGGAGAGCAUGCUGUGACUGAAGUAGAAGCGAGAGCACUGGCAACUAAAAUAAACGCCGUCUACAUCGAAACUUCUUCCAAGACGCGGAAACAACUGAAAGACGCUUUCGACGCCGCCAUAUUGGCGGGAUUGCCCGUCGUACAUGUUAAACGACCGUUUUGGAAGAAAUUAUUAUGUCUAAAUUAAACAUCAAAGACUUUAUUUUAUCAACAUUUAUGAAUUUAAAAACUGCACGAAUGUUUACGAUAUUGUAAGAGGAAAUGAGUUUUUUUAAAUAAAAAUCUUUAUACUAAACACGAUUUAGGAAUACUUAGUACAAAAUUGGUUAUGCAUCACUUAUUAUAAAGGAAAUAAUAAAAAUCA